ACCAUCAGCUAGUUUUUACAUGGGAUUUCAAGAUGGCGUCGAGCGGAGGAGAAGGGGAACACGAAUGGACAGCGGCAGUACGGCCGCUUUUAUCAGCCUCGUACACCGCUUUUGAAACGAAGGAGCUACCUCAGCUUAUCGGGUCUAUCAUCAACAGUGAAUCAGACAUCCUUCACCACGACAAACAGUAUGAGCCGUUCUACUCAUCAUUCGUGGCACUCUCUGCACACUAUAUCACCACAGUAUGUGGUCAAAUACCGAGAAAUCAGCUGCUGUCGGUUGCUGCAGCAUGCAAAGUAUUGAUUGAAUUCUCUUUGCUGCGCUUGGAGAACCCAGAUGAGGCAUGUGCGGUAUCACAGAAACACCUGAUUCUUCUGAUAAAAGGACUUUGCACUGGCUGCAGCAGACUGGAUCGCACAGAAAUCAUUACUUUUACUGCUAUGAUGAAAUCUGCCAAGUUGCCUCAAACCGUAAAGACCCUUUCAGAUGUGGAAGAUCAGAAGGAGUUGCCCAGUGCUGUGAACCCAGAGCUUCGUCAAAAAGAAGUGCAAAUGAACUUCUUUAAUCAACUGACUUCAGUUUUUAACCCGGACCUUACCACCAUCUUGGCCUCCCCGUCAGCAUCACACAUGCAGGCUGAGAGUGAUUGCGAUGACCAAACCACAGAACAAGCUAUUCAGGCCAAAAUGAAAAAUGCCUUUGUCUCUCAGAAUGUGUCUAGCUUACAGGAACUCGGUGGGUCUGAGAAGUUGCUACGUGUGUGCCUCAACCUGCCCUACUUUCUGCGCUACAUCAACCGUUUCCAGGAUGCUGUAUCAGCCAACUCUUUCUUUAUCAUGCCUGCCACAGUGGCCGAUGCGACUGCUGUCCGCAAUGGAUUCCAUUCACUGGUGAUAGACGUAACCAUGGCUUUGGACACACUGUCCCUGCCUGUACUGGAGCCCUUGACACCGGGGAGAUUACUGGAUAUGACCGUGCUGGCUUUGAGCUGUCUCUAUGCUGGUACGAGUGUUGCCACCUGCAUGGCCAUUCUGCAGGUAGGCAGCGGCUUGCAGCUGCGCUCAGCCUCCACUGGGACUAAAGAGGAAGACUAUGAAAAUGACGCAGCCACAAUUGUCCAGAAAUGUCUGGAGAUCUACGAAAUGAUUGGACAAGCCAUCAGCAACUCCCGCAGAGCUGGAGGAGAGCAUUAUCAGAACUUCCAGCUGCUUGGAGCCUGGUGCCUUCUAAACAGCCUCUACCUGAUUCUUAACCUGAGCCCCACGGCCCUGGCAGAUAAAGGGAAAGAGAAGGACCCCCUGGCCGCCCUGCGCGUCCGUGAUAUUGCCGCUCGCACCAAGGACGGCGCGGGAUCGCCUAAACUUGGGCCUGGCAAAGGACACCAAGGCUUUGGUGUUUUGUCUGUUAUCCUGGCAAACCAUGCCAUCAAACUUUUGACUUCACUUUUCCAGGAUCUCCAAGUUGAGGCUCUGCACCGGCAGGGCUGGGCGAGUGACGGACCCCCCGCCGAACUCAACAUCAUGGCACAGAGCACUUCCAUCCAGAGGGUCCAGAGGCUCAUCGACUCUGUGCCCCUCACCAAUCUACUCUUCACACUUCUCUCAACUUCCUACAAAAAGGCUUGUGUUCUCCAACGUCAGAGGAAAGGCUCAGUCAGCAGCGAUGCCAGCGCUUCUACAGAUUCAAACACCUACUACGAGGAUGAUUUCAGCAGUACAGAGGAAGAUAGCAGUCAAGAUGAUGACAGUGAACCAAUUUUGGGGCUUUGGUUUGAAGAGACAAUUUCCCCAACUAAAGACAAAGUUGCUCCCCCUCCCCCUCCACCACCCCCACCUCUGGAGACCUCUCCCAGACUGAAAAGCCCCAGUAAGCAGAAUCCAAGCGAGAAUGGCAACAUUUUAGCUGGCCGGAAAGACCCGGAACUGUUCCUCAGUUUAGCCUCCAGCAUUCUGAACUUCAUCACCACCUCAAUGCUCAAGUCCAGAAACAACUUUAUCCGCAACUACCUGAGCGUGUCUCUUACAGAGCAGCACAUGGCUACACUUGCCAGCAUCAUCAAGGACGUGGACAAAGAUGUCAAAGGCUCUUCAGAUGAAGCGUUUUCUUUAGCGCUGUAUCACUUCAACCACACCCUGGUAACAUCUGAUCUUCCAUCCCCGGCGCUGCAGAGCACCCUUCUUCAGCAGUUAGGUGUUGCACCCUUUUCAGAAGGUCCCUGGCCGCUCUACAUUCACCCUCAAUCCCUAUCGGUGCUCUCUAGACUUCUCCUCAUAUGGCAGCACAAAGCAAGUGUGCAAGGAGAGCCAGAUGUGCCGGAGUGCAUGAAAGUCUGGGAAAGAUUUUUGGGAACUUUGAAGCAGCAUACUAUCCAGAGCUCUGUGCAAGUAGAAGACGACCUGAACGUGGAGCACCUCCAGCUCCUGCUGCUCCUUUUCCACAAUCUGUCGGAGCGCGGCCGGCGGUCCGUCCUGACACUCGUCACCCAGGCCAUCACUGAGGUGGCCCAGAGCAAAGACUCCCAGCUGAAGGCGGUGCCCCUCAACCUGGCCCGGCUGUGUCUGGUUUUCGACUACCUGCUGCGCCACUACUCAAAGGCGCCCGUGUACCUUUAUGAACAGGUGCAGUAUAACCUCCUGACCCCCCCCUCCACCGGGCCGGGCUCUAUUCAGGAUGGUGGCAAACGUGGCGGCUUGCCCCUUUACUAUGGAUUCAAAGAGGUGGAGGAGAACUGGGCCAAGCACUGUUCAGGAGAUCCAAAUGUUCAGCCAAAGUUCUACUGCGUCCUGUCCCCUGAGGCGUCUGAAGAUGACAUCAGCAGACUGGACAGCAAGGUCUUUCCAAAGCUGUUCAAUGGAGCAGUUAAAUAUGAUGAACUGUAUGCGGGGCUCAUCUCCCUCCUGGUCGCAGGCUCUCAGUUUGACACAGCAAGACGACAGGAGAGCAAGCCAAUCACUCCUAUGGAGGCAUGCUCCCUUCAGUACUACUUCCUCAUCCUGUGGAGGAUCCUGGGAGUUUUACCACCGUCCAAGGCCUACAUGGAGCAGCUGAAGACGGGCUGCAGUGAUCCCAGUGAGAGCGACAUCCUGCACACCCUGCGAUGGUCCUCACGUCUCCGGGUGCCAACAUACGUGAACUGGAUCAAGGAACACCUGGUGAAGCAGGGGUUGAAAGAAGACCAAGCAGCCACUCUGGUUGACGCGACGGCUGCUAAGUGCAGCACCGUUAAAUACGAUGUGGAGCUAGCAGAGGAGUACAUUGCCAGACAGAUUUCCACCUUCUCAAGUGUAGACCCGAACGCAAUCCUUCCGCUUGAUCAGCUUCCCUCUCUACAAGCCAUCUACACGCUGGAUGCAGUCAUCUCUAAAGUGCAGGUGUCCUUAGACGAGCAUAUGUCCAAGGUGGCCAUUGAAGCAGACGCCCACAAGUCAUCUGAGAUCACAAAGAACCUACUGCCUGCAACACUGCAGCUCACUGACGUCUACACGGCCUUCACACGGUCCUACCUACUGAUGAACAUCCCAGAGGAAGGGGAGAACAAGCUUACUGAUGCCAAGCUCAGAGGUUAUGCUGCGGUUUUGUCUAUCGGCUCCACCCGCUGCAAGGCCAACCUGUUAGGUCAAAGUAUUAUGCAGAACUUGCCAUCGGCUGUUCAGACAAUAUGUGAGACUUGGAACGGCAUCAACACCAAUGAAUUCCCAAACAUUGGCUCAUGGCGAAAUGCAUUUGCCAAUGAUACCAUCCCAUCAGAAAGCUACAUCAGUGCCAUCCAGGCAGCUCACCUGGGCACACUGAGCUGUCAGUCCUUGCCUCUGGCCUCUUCUCUCAAACACAUUCUGCUCUCUUUGGUCCGUCUCACUGGCGACCUCAUUGUCACAGAGGAGUUGAAUCCCUCCCAGGUGGUGCGCACCCUGCUGCCCCUCCUACUGGAGAGCAGCACGGAGAGCGUGGCUGAGAUCAGCAGCACCUCCCUGGAGCGCAUCCUCGGCCCAGCCGAGUCCGACGCCUUCCUCGCCCGAAUCUACGAGCGCUUGGUGACUGGGUGUUACAACAUCAUCGCCCAUCACUCAGACCCCACCAGUGGUUUGGACGAGUCUGUCCUUGAGGAAUGCCUUCAGUACCUUGAAAAGCAGCUUGAGAGCAUUCAAGUCCGCAAGGCCAUGGAAGAGUUCUUUUCAUUCAGUGGAGAGCUGGUCCAGAUUAUGAUGGCGACCGCCAACGAGAGUCUGUCAGCAAAGUUCUGCAACAGGGUGCUCAAAUUCUUCACCAAGCUUUUCCAGCUCACGGAGAAGAGCCCAAACCCCAGCCUGUUGACUCUGUGUGGCUCCCUGGCCCAGCUGGCCUGCGUGGAGCCCCCUCGGCUGCAUUCCUGGCUGACACGUAUGACUGCGACCCCCCCAAAGGACUCGGAGCAGAUGGAAAUAGUGCAAGAAAACAGACAGCUCCUGCAGGUGCUCACCACUCAUAUUGUGCGUGACAACAGCCAGGUGGGCGAAGGAGUGUGCACUGUCCUUCUCAGCACACUCAUUCCCAUGGCAACAGACAUGCUCGCUAAUGGUGAUGGAACAGGCUUCCCUGAGCUCAUGGUCAUCAUGGCAACCCUCGCCAGCGCGGGACAGGGGGCCGGUCACCUGCAGCUGCACAGGGCCGCUAUCGACUGGCUGACCAGAUGCAAAAAGUAUUUAACACAGAAGAAUGUUGUGGAAAAAGUGAGCACGAACUUAUCCCAAGGAAAGCACGCCAGCAUGCUGGAAUGCUCGUGCCACAUCAUCUCUUACCUGGCUGAUGUGAUGAACGCCUUGCGGCAAAGCAGUGGCCAAGGCACCUCAGCAAUGCUGAUGGAGGGAGAAGAGAAGGCCAUGGAGGUGGACUCGGACUGGGUGGAGGAACUUGCAGUAGAAGAGGAUGAUUCCCAGGCUGAGGACUCUGAUGAAGACUCCCUUUGCAACAAACUCUGCACCUUCACCAUUACUCAGAAGGAGUUCAUGAACCAGCACUGGUACCACUGUCACACCUGUAAGAUGGUGGAUGGGGUAGGUGUGUGCACAGUGUGCGCCAAGGUCUGUCACAAAGACCAUGAGAUCUCCUAUGCCAAAUAUGGCUCUUUCUUCUGUGACUGCGGUGCCAAAGAGGAUGGCAGCUGCCAGGCGCUGGUCAAGCGCAGCCCCAGCAGCGGCAUGAGCUCCACCCUCAAAGAGUCUUCUGCGUUCCAGAGUGACCUGCGGAUGCCUGACAGUGCGAUCCGCCAACAGAACGCCUCACCCUCCGACAAAGGCAAGGUCACAAUCUGUGACGGCAAACCUGGUGAUGAAGACAGACCUAAGAAGAGCAGCGUGUGCAAGAGCAUCGAGGGCUGCCAGGAAGAGCUAGUGACACAAGUGAUGGGAUCAUCCACUGCAGCAGUCAUACUAGAGAUGCUCAUGUUUCUCAUGGAAGCCAUCCAGACCAACUUCCAGCAGGCGUCAGCAGUGGGAAGCAGCAGCCGGGCUCAGCAGGCACUCAACGAACUGCACACUCAGGACAAAGCUGUGGAGAUGACGGACCAGUUAAUGGUGCCCACCCUCGGCUCUCAGGAAGGGGCUUUUGAGAAUGUCAGGAUGAACUACAGUGGUGACCAGGGACAAACAAUACGCCAACUCAUCAGUGCACACGUCCUGCGUCGUGUUGCCAUGUGUGUCCUGUCUUCACCCCACGGCCGCCGCCAGCACCUGGCAGUCAGCCAUGAGAAGGGAAAGAUAACGGUCCUGCAGCUGUCCACCCUCCUGAAACAGGCCGACUCCAGCAAGAGGAAGCUGACUCUGACCCGUCUGGCCUCUGCUCCAGUCCCAUUCACCGUCCUCAGUCUCACAGGAAACCCUUGUAAUGAGGAUUACCUCGCUGUGUGCGGCCUCAAGGACUGCCAUGUACUCACGUUCAGCAGCACAGGCUCUGUGUCCGACCAUCUGGUGUUGCACCCACAACUGGCGACUGGCAACUUCAUCAUCAAAGCUAUUUGGUUACCAGGCUCUCAGACAGAACUUGCCAUCAUCACCGCAGACUUUGUCAAGAUUUAUGACUUAUCAGCGGAUGCCCUGAGUCCCAUGUACUACUUCCUGCUCCCGAGCUCCAAGAUCCGCGAUGCUACCUUCCUGUUCAAUGAAGAGGGGAAGAACAUCAUCGUCAUCAUGUCUUCAGCGGGUUACAUGUACACCCAGCUCAUGGACGAAUCCAGCAGCGCCCAACAUGGCCCUUUCUACGUCACCAAUGUGUUGGAGAUAAACCACGAAGACCUGAAGGAUAGCAACGGGCAGGUAGCCGGCGGUGGCGUGUCCACUUAUUACUCCCACGUGCUUCAGAUGCUUUUCUUCAGCUACAGCCAGGGAAAGUCCUUUGCUGCCACAGUGAGCCGCAGCACCUCCGAAGUGCAGAGGCUCUUCCCCAUCAACGUCAAAGGCUCUAAUGGCGGCAGCAGUAAGAUCUCUCCUGCUCUGUGCCAGUGGUCUGAAGUCAUGAACCACCCAGGACUGGUGUGCUGCGUGCAGCAGACUACAGGCAUACCGCUUGUCAUCAUGAUCAAGCCAGACACCUUCCUCAUCCAAGAGAUUAAAACUCUGCCAGCCAAAGCUAAGAUUCAAGAUAUGGUCGCUAUCCGCCACACUGCCAGUAAUGAGCAGCAGCGUACGACCAUGAUUCUUCUCUGUGAGGACGGAAGCCUGCGGAUCUACAUGGCCAAUGUGGACAACACCUCCUACUGGCUCCAGCCCUCGCUGCAGCCCAGCUGUGGCAUCAGUAUCAUGAAGCCGGUCCGCAAGCGCAAAGCUGCUGCGACUACUACCCGGACCUCCAGUCAGAUGACCUUCCCUGUGGACUUCUUUGAACACAACCAGCAGCUGACAGAGGUGGAGUUUGGUGGCAAUGACUUGCUGCAGGUCUACAACGGACAGCAGAUCAAGCACAGGCUCAACUCCACUGGGAUGUAUGUGGCCAACACAAAGCCCGGGGGAUUCACUGUGGAAGCGGUCAACAACAACAGUUCGAUGGUGAUGACGGGCAUGCGGGUGCAGGUGGGCACUCAGGCCAUCGAGAGGGCUCCAUCCUAUGUGGAGGUCUUUGGCCGCACCAUGCAGAUAAACCUGACCAGAGCCCGCUGGUUUGAUGUCCCCUUCACCAGAGAGGAGGCCCUGCAGGCAGACAAGAAGCUGUCCAUAUUCAUUGGAGCAUCGGUCGACCCGGCCGGAGUCACAAUGCUCGAUUCAAUCAAGAUCUACGGAAAAACCAAAGAGCAGUUCGGCUGGCCGGAGGAUGCACCAGAGGACUUCUCCUCCGCCUCGGCUAACAACGUCUGCAGUCCCAACCUGAACCAGGGCAACGGCACCGCUGAUGGGGACAUCGCCACGCCGACCACCACCAGCGGCACUGUGCUGGAGAGGUUGGUGGUCAACUCCCUCGAGGCUUUGGAAAGCUGCUUUGCUGUAGGCUCCUCCAGUGAAAAGGAGAAGAAUAAGGCAGCAGCUCUCGAGUUGGCCACUCUACUCCUGUCCAUGCCGACCCCUGCUGGUGUGCAGCAGCAAACUAAGGGACUUCUUGCCAGCCUGCACACCAGUAGAACUGCCUACCACAACCACAAGGAUCAAUCCUUGCUGAGUAACGCAGUGCAGUGUCUGAAUGGCUGCAGCCGUGAGGGCAGGGAGCUCGACCCUGACGUCUUCCAGAGGCUCGUGAUCACCGCCCGCUCCAUUGCAAUCAUGAGACCCAACAACCUGGUGCAUUUCACAGAAACAAAGCUCUUACACCAUGAAGCUGAAAUGACAGAAGAUGGGCAAAAACCAAUGGAUGGGGAAAACAGUAAUUUCAUCACACAGCUGAUAAAUAACUUCUGGAAGCUCCAUUCCCAAAAGCCAAAGAACGCCUUUCUUGCUCCUGCCUGCCUGCCUGGCCUGACUCAUGUGGAAGCAACAGUAAAUGCCUUGGUGGACAUCAUCCAUGCAUACUGCACAUGUGAACUGGAUUACAUAAACGUUGCAUCAAAAAUCUACAUGCAAAUGCUUCUGUGCCCAGACACAUCUGUGAGCUUUGCAUGUAAGCAGGCUCUGAUCAGAGUGCUUCGACCGAGAAACAAACGGCGACAUGUAACCCUUCCAUCGCCCCCACGCUCCAACACACCUAUGGGAGACAAGGAUGAUGAUGACGAUGACGAUGCGGACGACAAAAUGCAGUCAUCAGUGCUGACUGGAGGAGAUGAGGGCAGACGGGAGAGUCAGGAGCAGAAUGAAGUGGAUCAUGGCGACUUUGAGAUGGUAUCGGAGUCCAUGGUCCUGGAGACAGCAGAUCAUCUCAACAAUGGAAAUCCAUCUCCUCUGGAAGCUCUGCUGGCUGGAGCCGAGGGUUUCCCGCCCAUGCUGGAUAUUCCUCCUGAUGCGGACGAUGAAACUAUGGUAGAGCUGGCCAUCGCUCUCAGCCUUCAGCAGGAACAACAAGGCAGUAGCAGUAGCGCCCUUGGCCUUCAGAGCCUUGGCUUGUCUGGCCAGGCCCCAAGCUCCUCUUCACUGGAUGCUGGCACCCUUUCAGACACCACCGCAUCAGCCCCGGCAUCUGAUGAUGAGGGGAGCACUGCGGCCACUGAUGGCUCCACGCUGAGGACGUCUCCGGCAGAGCAUGGCGGCAGCGUGGGCUCAGAGAGCGGAGGCUCUGCAAUUGACUCGGUGGCGGGGGAGCACAGCGUGUCAGGACGCAGUAGUGCAUACGGGGACACAACAGUAGAGGGCCACCCUGCCGGUCCAGGCAGUGUGAGCUCCAGCACCGGAGCCAUCAGCACCACCACAGCCCAGCAGGAGGGCGAAGGCUCAGAGGGAGAAGGAGAGACGGAAGGAGACAUCCACACAAGCAACAGGCUCCACAUGGUUCGUCUUAUGCUACUGGAGCGCUUGCUUCAGCAUCUUUCUCAGCUCCACAACGUAGGUGGAGUCCAAGCCAUCCCUUACAUGCAGGUUAUCCUCAUGUUGACCUCUGACCUGGAUGGUGAGGAUGAAAAGGACAAGGGCGCCUUGGAUGAGCUGCUAGCACAGCUCAUUGCUGAGCUCUCCAUGCACAAGAAGGACGUUUCCAAGAAGAAUGAGCGCAGUUCCAUCAAUGAAGUUCACCUGGUCAUCAUGAGGCUGCUCAGCGUCUUCAUGUCUCGCACCAAGUCUGGCUCCAAAUCCUCUUCUGAGUCAUCCUCGCUUAUUUCGAACGCCACAGCGACAGCCUUGCUCAGCCUUGGGUCCAUUGACUACUGUCUCCAUGUGCUCAAAUCGCUCCUGGACUUCUGGAAGAGCCAACAGGGCGAAGAAGAGCCUGCGACAACCAGCCAGCUCCUCCGCCCACACACAGCCUCCUCUCCCCCCGACAUGAGCCCUUUCUUCCUGCGCCAAUACGUCAAGGGACAUGCGGCUGAUGUGUUUGAAGCUUACUCCCAGCUAUUGACUGAAAUGGUGCUCCGGCUGCCAUAUCAGAUCAAGAAGAUUGCUGACACCAACCCACGCAUCCCACCUCCUGUCUUUGACCAUUCCUGGUUUUACUAUCUGUCGGAAUAUCUGAUGAUUCAACAGACACCAUUCGUCAGGAGGCAAGUCAGAAAGCUGCUGUUGUUUAUCUGCGGCUCAAAGGAAAAAUACCGCCAGCUGAGGGAUCUGCACACUCUUGACUCCCAUGUGCGCAGCAUCAAGAAGCUCCUGGAGGAGCAGGGCAUCUUCCUCCGUGCUGGUGUGGUCACAGCCACUUCUGGCUCAGCUCUGCAGUACGACACACUCAUCAAUCUGAUGGAACAUCUGAAAGCUUGUGCUGAAAUUGCCACUCAGAGGACGAUCAACUGGCAGAAGUUCUGCAUGAAGGACGACUCUGUGUUGUACUUCCUGCUUCAAGUCAGCUUCCUAGUGGAUGAGGGAGUGUCCCCUGUUCUUUUGCAACUGCUCUCCUGUGCCCUGUGUGGCAGUAAGGUGCUGGCCAGCUCCUCCUCCUCCUCAUCUUCAUCAUUCUCAGGAGGAGGCUCCAGUAGUGCUGGACAGGCAGGAACGUCUCAGUCCUCUCAAAGCAAGUCCUCCAGUAAAAAGAGCAAAAAAGAGGACAAGGAGAAAGACAAAGAGGGUGAGGGGGUUGGCAGCCAGGAGGAUCAGCUGUGCAUGGCUCUGGUCAGUCAGCUUAACAAGUUUGCAGACAAGGAGACACUGAUCCAGUUCUUGCGCUGCUUCCUGCUGGAGUCAAACUCCUCUGCUGUGCGCUGGCAAGCUCACUGCCUGGCUCUUCAUAUCUACAGGAACUCCAGUAAAUCUCAGCAGGACCUGCUGCUCGAACUGACCUGGGCCAUCUGGCCUGAGCUGCCUGCAUAUGGCCGCAAAGCUGCUCAGUUUGUUGACCUGCUUGGAUACUUCUCACUGAAAACCCCACAGACGGAGAAGAAGCUGAAAGAGUAUUCCCAAAAAGCUGUGGAAAUCCUGAGGGCACAGAACCAUAUCCUGACGAAUCACCCUAACUCCAACAUCUACACCACUCUGUCCGGUUUAGUGGAGUUUGAUGGGUUCUUUCUGGAGAGCGACCCCUGCUUGGUGUGCAACAAUCCAGAAGUUCCAUUCUCAAAUAUAAAGCUGUCAUCGAUCAAAGUGGACACCCGCUACACCACCACACAGCAGGUUGUCAAGCUCAUUGGCAGCCACACCAUCAGCAAAGUCACCGUGAAGAUUGGUGACCUGAAACGCACUAAGAUGGUCCGCACCAUCAACCUCUACUACAACAACAGAACGGUCCAGGCUAUCGUGGAGCUGAAAAACAAACCUGCUCGUUGGCACAAAGCCAAGAAAGUCCAGCUGACCCCAGGACAAACGGAGGUGAAGAUCGACCUUCCUUUACCCAUCGUCGCAUCCAACCUGAUGAUCGAGUUCUCUGAUUUUUACGAGAACUACCAGGCCUCCACCGAGACCCUGCAGUGUCCACGCUGCAGCGCCUCUGUGCCGGCCAACCCUGGGGUCUGUGGCAACUGCGGUGAGAACGUGUAUCAGUGCCACAAGUGCAGGUCUAUCAACUACGAUGAAAAAGACCCCUUCCUGUGCAAUGCCUGUGGCUUCUGCAAAUAUGCCAGAUUUGACUUCAUGCUAUAUGCUAGACCAUGCUGUGCUGUGGAUCCCAUUGAGAAUGAGGAAGACAGGAAAAAGGCUGUGACCAACAUCAACACCCUGCUGGACAAAGCUGACCGGGUCUACCACCAGCUGAUGGGCCACCGGCCCCAGUUGGAGAGCCUCCUGUCUAAAGUCAACGAGGCGGCACCAGAAAAACCGCAGGACGACAGUGGAGCCGGUGCAGGACUUGGUACGUCCUCUGCUAAUGUGAACAGAUACAUUCAGCAGCUGGCUCAAGAGUACAGCGGAGACUGCAAGACGUCAUUUGAUGAACUCUCCAAGAUUAUACAGAAAGUGCUUGCCUCUCGUAAAGAGCUCCUGGAGUAUGAUCUGCAGCAGAGAGAAGCUGCCACCAAGUCGUCCCGCAGCAGCAGCAGCCACCAGCCCACCAUCACCGCCAGUCAGUACCGGGCCAACUCCGUGCUGGGCUGCGGCCACACCUCUUCAAACAAGUGCUAUGGCUGUGCCUCAGCUGUCACGGGUCACUGUAUCACACUGCUUCGUGCUCUGGCCACCAACCCGGCCCUCCGGCAGAUCCUGGUCCUCCAGGGUCUCAUCCGUGAACUGUUUGAGUAUAACCUGCGGCGAGGUACAGCUGCCAUGAGGGAGGAGGUGCGGCAGUUGGUCUGUCUCCUCACCAGAGAUCAUCCAGAGGCCACCCAACAGAUGAAUGACCUCAUUAUCGCCAAGGUGUCCGCUGCUCUCAAAGGCCACUGGGCCAAUCCUGACUUGGUUAGUAAUUUGCAGUAUGAAAUGCUGCUGCUCACAGACUCUAUUUCUAAAGAGGGAGGAUGCUGGGAGCUACGGUUACGUUGUGCCCUCAGUCUGUUCUUGAUGUCGGUGAAUAUAAAGACGCCUGUAGUGGUGGAGAACAUCACUCUCAUGUGCCUGAGAAUCCUGCAGAAGCUGAUCAAGCCCCCGGCUGCCACUAGCAAGAAGAACAAGGAUGCUGCUAUUGAGUCUCUAACCACGGUCAGGCCCUACAGUAAUGAAAUCCACGCCCAGGCCCAACUCUGGCUCAAGAAGGACCCCAAAGCAUCUUAUGAAGCCUGGAAGAAGUGUCUCCCAGCAAGAUGCCAGGAAAAUGUGUCGAAGCCUCAGGGAAAGACUGAGCUGCGCAGGCAGUACCUGUUGGAGAAGUAUGUUUGGAAGUGGAAGCAGUUCAUGAGGUCCAAAAAAGGUGAAGGCCUCUUCCCUCGCCUACUCAAACUGAGCCACAACAACUGGCUGCGACAGGUCCUUUUCACACCUGCCACUCAGGCAGCCAGGCAGGCAGCCUGCACCAUUGUGGAGGCCUUAACCACGAUCCCCAGCCGCAAGCAGCAGGUGCUGGACCUUCUCACCAGUUACCUGGAUGAGCUGAGUGUAGCUGGAGAGUGUGCGGUGGAGUACCUGGGUCUGUACCAGAAGCUGAUCAAGCCGACACACUGGAAGGUUUACCUGGCAGCCCGCGGGGUCCUGCCCUACAUCGGUAACCUGAUCACCAAGGAAAUCGCCAACCUGCUGGCUCUGGAGGAGGCCACACUGAGCACAGACCUGCAGCAAGGCUACGCCCUCAAGAGCUUGACUGGGUUGCUCUCUUCUUUCGUGGAAGUGGAGUCCAUCAAGCGGCAUUUCAAAAGCCGGCUGGUCGGCACGGUGUUGAACGGCUACCUGUGUCUGAGGAAACUGGUGGUGCAGCGCACGAAGCUCAUCGACGAGACUCAGGACAUGCUGCUGGAGAUGCUGGAGGACAUGACAACAGGUACCGAGUCUGAAACAAAGGCAUUCAUGGCAGUGUGCAUAGAGACUGCAAAGCGGUACAACCUGGAUGACUACAGGACGCCUGUCUUCAUUUUUGAGCGACUGUGUAGCAUCAUCUAUCCUGAGGAGAAUGAGGUGACCGAGUUCUUUGUGACCCUGGAAAAAGAUCCUCAGCAGGAGGACUUCCUGCAGGGCCGCAUGCCAGGAAACCCCUACAGCAGCAACGAGCCUGGCAUCGGCCCCCUGAUGAGGGACAUCAAGAACAAAAUCUGCCAGGACUGCGACCUGGUGGCGCUUCUUGAAGACGACAGUGGCAUGGAGCUUCUGGUAAACAACAAAAUCAUUAGCUUGGAUCUGUCCGUUGCAGAAGUCUACAAGAAGGUCUGGUGCCCUACAAAUGAGGGUGAGCCAAUGAGGAUCAUCUAUCGAAUGAGAGGUCUGCUGGGAGAUGCCACUGAGGAGUUCAUAGAGUCACUGGACUCGACCACAGAUGAAGAGGAGGAUGAUGAAGAGGUGUACAAGAUGGCAGGAGUGAUGGCACAGUGUGGAGGACUGGAGUGUAUGCUCAACCGGCUGUCUGGAAUCAAAGAUUUCAAACAAGGACGGCAUCUGCUCACCGUUUUGCUGAAGUUGUUCAGUUACUGUGGGAAGGUGAAGAUCAACAGGCAGCAGCUGGUCAAACCAGAGAUGAACACACUCAACGUCAUGCUGGGAACUCUGAACCUGGCUUUAGUGGCAGAACAGGAGAGUAAGGACAGUGGUGGAGCCUCCAUAGCAGAGCAAGUUCUGAGCAUCAUGGAAAUCAUUCUGGACGAAGCCAAUGCUGAGAUUUCAGAGGACAAGGGUAACCUCCUGCUGACAGGAGACAAGGAUCAGCUGGUCAUGUUGUUGGAUCAGAUCAACACCCUGUUCGUGCGCUCAAACCCCAGCGUGCUGCAGGGUCUGCUGCGCAUCAUCCCAUACCUGUCCUUCGGAGAGCUGGAGAAGAUGAGGAUCCUGGUGGAGCGCUUCAAACCGUGUUGCAGCUUUGACAAGUACGACGAGGAGCAUAGUGCAGAUGACAAGGUGUUUUUGGACUGCUUCUGCAAAAUCGCUGCUGGGAUCAAGAAUAACAGCAACGGCCAUCAGCUGAAAGAUCUUAUCCUCCAGAAGGGAAUCACACAGAGUGCACUGGACUACAUGAAGAAACAUAUCCCCAAUGCCAAAAAUCUGGAUGCAGAUGUCUGGAAGAAGUUCCUCUCCAGACCAGCUCUACCCUUCAUUCUCAGAUUGCUCCGGGGUUUGGCUACCCAGCACCCCCCCACACAGGCGCUGAUAGGCACAGAUUCAAUAACCAACUUGCACAAGCUGGAGCAGGUUUCCAGUGACGAAGGCAUUGGCACGCUGGCAGAGAACCUUCUGGAGGCCCUGAGGGAGCACAGCGAUGUCAACCUGAAGAUUGAUGCAGCCCGCAGGGAGACCCGAUCUGAAAAGAAGCGCAUGGCUAUGGCCAUGAGACAGAAGGCCCUGGGAACCCUGGGAAUGACGACCAAUGAGAAGGGUCAGGUGGUGACUAAGACCUCGCUGCUGAAGCAGAUGGAGGAGCUGAUCGAGGAGCCGGGCCUGACCUGCUGCAUCUGCAGAGAGGGUUACAAGUUCCAGCCAACCAAAGUCCUAGGCAUUUACACUUUCACAAAGCGUGUGGCCUUGGAGGACUUUGAAAACAAGCCUCGGAAGCAGCAGGGCUACAGCACUGUGUCGCACUUUAACAUAGUCCACUAUGACUGCCAUCUGGCAGCUGUCAGGCUGGCUCGUGGGCGAGAGGAGUGGGAGAGUGCUGCCCUCCAGAACGCCAACACCAAGUGCAAUGGGCUGCUUCCUGUGUGGGGGCCACAUGUGCCAGAGUCAGCCUUCGCUACAUGCUUAGCCAGACACAACACAUAUCUGCAGGAGUGCACGGGCCAGCGGGAGCCAACCUACCAACUGAACAUCCACGACACCAAAUUGCUGUUCCACCGCUUUGCUACCGAACAGUCGUUCAGCGUGGACACGGGAGGAGGAGGACGAGAGAGCAACAUCCACCUCAUCCCCUACAUCAUCCACACGGUGCUCUACGUCCUCAACACUACAAGGGCUACAUCCCGGGAGGACAAGAACCUGCAGAGUUUCCAGGAGCAGCCGUGUGAGAAGUGGGUGGAGAGCUCCUACGAUGUUGAGGGUCCGCACUAUUUCACCAUCCUGGCCAUGCACAUCAUGCCGCCUGAACGCUGGAGGAAUUCACGUUUAUACUUCCUACGGAGGCUCCUGGUCAACGCACAUGUCCGCAAGGUCUCGGCAGUCUGCACCAACAAACUCACAGAUAAAUCACCAAAGGAAUAUGCAGUGUAUCGCUCGCCUCUUCUCUUCUGGGCCCUGGUGGAUCUUGUCUACGACAUGUUCAGGAAAGUUCCCACCAGUAACACAGAGGGGGGCUGGUCCUUCUCGCUGGCAGAGUAUGUCCGUCACAACGACAUGCCCAUCUACGAGGCCUCGGAGCGAGUGCUGAGGGCCUUCCAGGACGAACUCAUGCCCGCUGAGUCCUUGUCAGAGUUCUGUGAUGUUGUAGGUCUUCUCUCUGAAAUCCCAGACCCGGACCUCUUCCUGCAGGAUUUGUUGAACUCUUUGCCCUGAAGGCCAACCUCAACCCACGCCCCUCCAAAACAACCCUGCAAAUAAAGUUGGAACACCUACCAACUGAAAAAAAAAAGAUGUUCUCUUUUGCUGAGGACACACACAGAGUACACACUUUCCCUCCUACUCACCUUUCCCUCCCCCAUAAGACAUCUUCAAAUUCACUUUAAGCAGAAACUAUGUGUAGUCUAAGAAUCAUCCACUUUGAAACAUCUCUGUAACGUUUAACACACAAACACAAUGCUAUUAAAGGGUAGGGGGAACACACUUAAACAGAAUUGACGCGUUCCCCCUCUGAUUCAGAAUGCUAAGGUAACAAUUAUGAAAAGGUUGAAACAAGAGAUCGGGGGACGCUUUCCAUUAACGUUAUUGCAAAUCACUUGUGAAUUCUGUUUUAGGGUGGACAUUAUUUUGGCUUUCAAACCCCUCCCCCUCCUCCCCUAAUGUUUGGGUGCAUUGUUAAGGUAACUAAAAGGAGUUUGGGAUUCGACCCACCACGUGUUAAGAGUUGCAUUUGAUUUUAUCUUGUUUUACUUUUUCUUUGUUUGGUUUAAGUUUGUUUUUGAUCAGGCUUUUUAAAAUGACAGACGGUUUCAGUGUCUCAUGGUUGCUAAGCUAACCUGUCCUUUUCUUCGGGGCUCUUGCUGUUUGUUCUUCGUGUAGGUUCAAACUGGAAUAUGAGUGAUGGACAGAAAAAGUUGUUUGAUUUAGUGUGUGUGUGUGUAAGGUUUCUUUUAUCAACCUCAGAAGUCAAAUGAAAAGAACGACGAGUAAAAGUGUUUUUUUUGUUUUUUUUCCAUAAAGCUAUGCCUUUGUGACAAAGUGAAUUUUGGACUUGUGAAAGAUUCCAUCUGUUGCAACGAUCGAUGACACCUGUCUAAAUGAAUAAUAAAACAGACCUACAUUAUAUCCUUAAACACUUUUCUUUGACUAAUUGUUCUGUGGGACUUCUUCCCCAGCAGUUUCUUCAUUGCUCGGGCCAAAACUCCUGUGUCAAUCCCAAAAACAGAUUUCUGGAAAACAAAGGUUGAAUCUCUGCGAUCGAUGUUCAUCUUGCAGACGGCCUCCUGAACCUGAGAGCUGAAUGCAUGGUGUGGACUUCCCCCACUUUACUGUUCAUUUCCCCGCCGCUACAAUGUUCAACUGAUGCUGAAUGUCUGCUUUUUGAAUUUAGAUUAUGAUUAAUAAAACCGUAAUAAUUACAAAUAAGAA